AUGGCAAGUGCUGGUGGAAACUCUUGUGUUAACGUUGGUUCUGCUCCUGCUGAUCCUGUCGGUGAGAAUGAUCCUACUGAUCCUAGUAUCUGCUCCUUGAUCCGCAGGGAUUUGGGCAACGCAGGAAUCUCAGGGCCUCUUCUUCCAGAUCUUGGAGGACUUGUGAACCUCCAGUACCUUGAGUUGUAUGCCAAUAGCCUGAUCGGUCCAAUACCAGCAAUACUAGGCAACCUGACAAAUCUUAUCAGCUUGGAUCUUUGGGAAAAUCUGCUUACCGGCCCAAUACCAACUUCGCUUGGCACCAUCAGCACACUGCGAUUUCUGAGGUUGUACCAGAACAACCUGACAGGGUCUAUACCGCCAUCAUUGGGCAAUCUGACGAGCCUUCAGGAACUGAAACUUGAAAAGAAUGCAUUCAGCGGCUCUAUUCCAUCCUCUCUUGGCAACCUCAAAGCAUUGCGGUUCCUGAAGUUGAACGAGAAUAUGCUGACUGGCACUGUUCCAUUGGAAGUCCUCUCCCUUGCCAUUGUUGGGAACUUGACAGAGCUAAAUAUUGCAAGGAACAACAUGGAUGGCACAGUGAGAUCAUCAGAACUAAGAGUGACUGCAAUUAUCCAAGACGAGCUGAAGACCACAUGAUGACUUGAUGAGUCCCAAGAUCAAGACUUUGUUCUGCUUUAUUAUAAUGCCGGAAAUUUAUGAAUAAAUGCAAUGGGAUAAACAAUUGUCUAGACUCUGGAGUUUAGACAUAUUGUAGUAGAAUUUGUGUACCAAAUUAAGUUUAAUUUGUGAGGACAUGAUUGAAUGGAUAAUGCGACAAUUCUAUUUUGUUAAAAAAUAGAAA